UUACCGACUGUGAAAUAAAAUGUUUUCUUGCUGGACCAAAAAAUAUAUAACCAGCUCAAUAGAAGAAAAAACGACAGAGAAAGUUUCACCUAUGAGCAAAAAUAUUUCAACAGAAGUUAAAAUGGACAAAAAAGAAAUGGUUGCGCCGAUUGUAGAAAAACAUGUUCCUGAGUUUCAAGAUUUUCUGAAGCGGGUUCAGACCUUGCAAAUGUCACACAACGAUUUAGUCAAUCAGCCUAAUAUCUGCAGUUCCAUGGAUAUUGAAGUCGGCGAAGAAGCUCCUACGACAUCUUAUGCCGAUAACAUAGAUAAAUGUCCCUUAUCAGUACUGCGAACAUCUGAUUGUAAUUGUGUGCCACUUGGUAUGACAAAUAUUCGUGUAACAGUUGGUAUUGAUAAAGAUUUAGAAAUGAUUCUUGAAAUGGAUCCGAGUAUUGUAGAUUUGGGGGAUAUUAGCAUUGCCGAAACUGCAGAACCGCGCAUAGUGGGCUUACCUCCACUUUCGGGUGGACCGACAUUUAAAACGGCUACUCCCACUUCACGAACACAACUAAAACUGCAACUACAACGGGAACAACAUCAACAGCAACAAAUGAUGAUACAACAACAGACACUAGACACUGCUCUGGACCCAAAAAUGCACCUAUUGUUUGGUAGUGGACAGGGACCCAUGGAAUCGGAAUUCAUUGACAGCGGUAGUACCAGUGCUUGUGGUAGUGGGUCAUCCAGCUUAGAACAAAUGUCGCAGUUAGUGCAAAUGGACAAUUUAAUUGACUCAUCAAGUGCAGUUAAGCUUAAAGUUCCUCUUCAAAGUAUCGGAGUAGAUGUGCCGCCACAAGUGCUGCAGGUCAGUACAGUGCUGGAAAACCCCACCAGGUAUCAUGUUAUCCAAAAGCAAAAGAAUCAAGUAAGGCAGUAUCUCAGCGAAUCCUUCAAGCCGUCUAUGUGGGGCUGUCAUACCAGCGAAAUAAAAUUAGCAAAUAAUUCUGCGUCAACGGGAAAUCUUCAGAGUUCAUCUUUACAGAAAGGUACUUGCGACCCUUUGGAGCGUACAGACAGAUUUGAAUGCGAAAGGGCUGUGAGUGCUAAAAGAAUUAUGCCUUCCGAUGACGCAAUGCCCAUUUCCCCAUUCGGUGGUAGCUUCGUAAGAUGUGAUGACAUAGAUCCAAAUGAGUCAACUAUAUUGGGAGGAAAUAUUCAAGGCUCUGGGGAACCAGAAAAUGCCCAUAAAACCACCCAGUUGGGAUUUGUCAAAGCUAAUUCAGGCCUAAGCUCUACGCGUUCUUCUUCAGGGAUUGUUAAUUCAAUUCGAAUUUCUAGUGCAGCAAGUUCUUUACAGUCUAAUUCAGCACCUAUUUCGCCAAGCCUAAGCUCGGUUGCUACGAGUCUUUCUGAGCUACCAUCAUUCGACAGCGAUGCAGAUGACAUCUUUGAUGAUAUAUUGCAAAAUGACUCUUUUAACUUUGAUAAAAACUUCAACUCUGAGCUUUCAAUCAAACAGGAACCUCAAAAUUUAACUGAUGCUGAAAUGAAUGCGUUAGCGAAGGACAGACAAAAGAAAGACAACCAUAAUAUGAUUGAGCGAAGGCGCCGCUUUAAUAUAAAUGAUAGAAUAAAAGAGCUUGGUACUCUUUUGCCAAAGGGCAGUGAUGCCUUUUACGAGGUGGUUCGAGAUAUCCGUCCAAACAAGGGGACAAUCUUAAAGUCCUCUGUUGACUACAUUAAAUGCUUAAAACAUGAGGUGACUCGCUUAAGACAAAAUGAGAUACGCCAGCGUCAAGUGGAGUUGCAAAAUAGAAAGCUCAUGUCUCGAAUAAAAGAAUUGGAAAUGCAGGCCAAGUCCCAUGGAAUUUCUUUAUCAGACUACAACCUAACAUCAGUAUCAGCGCCUGCUCAACCUAACACGUAUCUUAAAAGUUUUAGUCUGUCGCCUUCUGUUUCUCGGAGUCGUCGUUCCCUUUUUGAUAUACCUGUUGAAAAAAAAAUGCAAGUGAUUAACGGUAACGAUGUAAAUUUGGGAAUGAAUCAGAUCGAUGAGUUUAUGGAAGAUUGCAAAUAUGCAGUGCAAGGCGGCGACCCGAUGCUGUCAUCGCAUAGUCAACUCCAAUCCGCGCCACAAUCACCGAGUUCAAAGCAAUUAAAUUGUGCAAGUUUUGAACCAAAGAAUUUUUCGGAAGCUGAUGAAAGUCCGUUUAGAGGCAAAUCAAAUUUAGUAUCAGAUGACUGUUGCGGUAUAAGUUGCAGUGCUUCGUGCUUUAAUCAACACCAAUUGCCUACACGUGAGGGCCAUCAAAAUCAUUCUCACCACACACGUAUACGAGAAAUUCAUAGUUUGUCCGAUUCGCUUCAAAACUCAGAGUUUGGUAGGAUUGAGCAUUGCGAUGAUCCACUUCUUCCAUCUUCCCAUAGGCCACUUGGUACAUUAGAAGAAGAUAAACAUAAUUCAGUUGAUAUGUCUGCAGUCAUGGUAAACGACUCCUUUUCCUCUUUGGUAGAUGACAAUAGCGAAUCCACGAUUCUUACAUCUGACACGUUGGAUAUUGAGUUGUAAAUGAUAAAAUUUUAAAAAUGCAGUAUAAUUUCUACAAGUAUUAAAUGGACCUAUAAUUGUUUUAAAGUUAAAAA